AUGGCACCACAGGAUUCCUUCAUAGAAGAAGAGGACGAUGUUUGCCCUUUAUGCAUCGAGGAGUUCGAUCUUUCGGAUCGGAACUUCCGGCCGUGUCCUUGCGGCUACCAGGUCUGCCAGUUUUGCUUCAACAACAUAAAGAACAACAUGAACGGCCUGUGUCCCGCUUGCAGACGGCCCUACGAUGAGAAGACGAUAGAAUGGAAAGUCGUUACUCAGGAAGAAGUUGCGGAGUUCCGCGCCAACAUUCAGAAAAACCAGAAGAAGCGAGCACAGGAGCAACGACAAAAGGAAGUGCAAAAACGCGAAGCCGAAAAGGAAAACCGGAAAAACCUAGUCGGCGUUCGAGUAGUUCAGAAGAACCUGGUCUACAUCACUGGACUGGCACCCACUGUUCGUGAAGAUGAGUUGCUCAAGACUCUGAGAAAGCCUGAAUUUUUCGGUCAAUAUGGCAAUAUUCAAAAAAUAUCCAUAAGCAACCGCAAAAGUCCUGAUGGGCAACAUCAUUCCCUUGGCAUCUACGUCACGUUCGAAAAGCCCGAGGAAGCGACAAAAUGCAUCAUAUCGGUACACGGGUCUCCGAACGGCGACCGGAUAUUGAAAGCUCAGCAUGGCACAACCAAGUACUGUUCAGCCUGGCUGAAGAACGAAAAGUGCAAUAACCCUGGCUGCAUGUUCCUUCACGAGCAAGGAGAUGAGGAGGAUAGCUAUACUCGACAAGAUCUCUCAUCUAUGAAUAGUAUUCACACACAGAGACCAUUGCCAGGCGGGGGCGGAAGCUCAUCUCGCUCGGUUUCCCGGCAACAAGUUCCGCACCCAACGGUCCCCCUCCCUGCUUCUGCACAACCGAUGGUGCGCACUACUAGUAAAGAGGACUCUGAAAAUGGAGCUGAUUCAUCCGCACUGCCGUCAUCUGCAAACUGGGCCAGAAAUCCUCAACGCAGCCGGAGAGGUAGUUACGCGACUAGCGGCGCCGCGUCUAGUCCUGCCAUCUCCGCGUUGCAAACCGUUAGAACGGAGGCUUCCCAGGAGGCUGUAGAAGACACUGAUGUCCCAUCUACGCAGCCCGUGAUAGAUAAAGGCAAGCGACCGCAGCAUGCGACACAAGCUCAAAUUUCUGCUCCUUCACUGGAGAAGACGGAGCAACACCCGCAUAAAUCAAGGGACAGCUCCCUCGUUGCUCUGCUGAAGACUCUAGAAACCUACACGCUGCCGGCCUUUACUACUGAUGGCUACAACGAUGAUGCUCACCCACCCUUGUUUGAUAUCCGAGGCGGCGAGAAGCGAAGGGCCAUGCGAGAGGACGAUGAGUCUCGAAUCGACCAGGAAGACCGGACCGAAGCACAAGCACCAUCCGAAGGCGAACCCGAAACUGGGGGCAGUCUUGCCCUUGGUGGCGAGCCUGAGCAUCGGGAGCUCGGCAGAGAUGUCCACGGGUUUGAUCAACGACAGCCCAGUACGCAACCUCCGAUUCAGCGGGGGAGCACGGACGGGUUGUACGGCGCACCAUCGAGCGGUUCCGGCUUUCCCCAGGGCUCUAGCAACAUCGGUAGAGCCAUGACGCCGCAACAGCUGGCGUCCCUUCGGUUGCAAGCUGGCUACGCGGAUCAAAUGCCGCCUAGUAUUUCAACUCAGAAUCCGUUUCAAAACCAGGGUCAUAAUCGCCAAUCCUCCCGAUUUAGCUUUGCCAACGACAGCGGUAACUCUACUACCAAUAUCAAACUGGCCACAAACCCCCGGAUUAUGGCUCAGCAGUCGUCAAUGAUGCCCAGUCCUUUCCAGUCGCAAUCGAACAAUAAUCUGUUCUAUUCCACAUCUAUGCCUGGCCCGCCGCCUGGCCUCAAGUCCACGGGCACCCCGCCUAGCAUGUUUGGUCAAGGGUUCGGCGGCGGCUCAGGAUUUGGCGGAGCCCACAAAGAUUCCUCCAACGAUCUACUGCAAACGCUCAUCGGCCGCAAUCGAGGAGGCAGCACCCAGCCUCAGGAUGUUGGAAAGCGUGAGUACAUGAUUUCUUCUUUCUCAAACCAGUAUCCACCACCCUCUACCUCCACCCCAGCUCCUGCUUCUGGUCUCCUGGCAUCGCUCUACGGCAACCAUCCUGGAGCUUUCCAAGACUUCGGUUCGAAGCAGAAGAAGAAGGGCAAGAAGCACAGACAUGCUAACACUUCCUCCUCAGGGGGGAGUGGCUUAGUAGAUCUUGCCGACCCGAGUAUCCUGCAGGCAAGGAUGCAGCAUCAGUCACAGAGCAAUGCCGGAGUCGCCGGGCAACAAGGACUGUUCGGUGGUGGCCAGAGCCAAGAAGGCGAGCUACUUUCGUUGGACGAAGCAACAGGUUCGGUCGAUGCCCUGGUUUCCGAUGAAGCCCAGGGAGCCUACGCAGGAUCAGGAUUCGGCCUUGACAUGGGAAUGACACGGUCUGUACCUCCUGGAUUUGCCAUCCCUCCAGGAAUAGCAAACUUGGCUACGCCAGCGAUGGCAUCUCCAGUGCUUAGUCAACAUCACCAGCCUCGUGUCGUCGCACCUGCAUUGCCCAGGGCACCCCUUCCGCCUGGUUUGGAGCAUGGUACCGUGACACCAGUGCAGACCCCGAGAAAGAUGGCUGUUCCCGUUGUGGAUGCAACAAGGACCAGCAACCCAUCCGCGUCUGAAGUUGGGCCAUCAAAGCGUGCGUCAUCGCAGCCUCAAUUUGAACAGCAGUCAGUAUCGUCUCCCCUAGGAGAUGAAGACUUCCCGGCACUUGGGUCGUCGCGAUCCAUCAAGGCUCCAACCCAGGCCCCAGCUAUUCCGGUCUUUCCAACGCCCAAACCGACUCCAGCGCCAAAGAAGAGCACCGAUAAGACUGCUGAAUCGGCGGUGGGCACCCACGAUGACUCUGUCUCCGCUGUGAUCAAGUCGAACAAAAACAGACCCUCUGCUAUCAAGCUCCAGCUGCCGUCGGAUAACUCUGUUGCAAGUCAAGGGUUUCAAGGCACGGAUAAGCCGGCUGAAGAUUCACCAACCUUCCCUCCUUUGCCAACGGCCACAGCUAGCUCUCCUUCACCAGUCCAUCGCGGCGGGCCUCGAACACUGCGACUCAUGUCGAUUCCAAGGGCUUUAGAGUCUCCCGCGCUGCCCUCUCCCAUACAGUCGGUGGCUUCCAAGGCAGUCUCUAUGUCACACAGGCCAGGCACCCCGAGCAGCGAGAUGGUUAGUGACACGGCCUCCAUAGUGUCUGCCUCAAUAUCGGCAUCCCGUGCAGGAUCGCCUCCGCCAAGCAAAGUUGGUUCCGCCGCCGUGCGAACUACCACAAAGAGCCAGCAGCGCAAGCAGCGCAAGGAGGCUCUCAAGCAGGAGACGAAAUCCAUAGCCGAGGCCUCAAAGCCAGACCCGGAGGAGCAUGCUCCAGUCAUCGGCCGCAAGAAGAAACAAAAGAAGGAGAGGACGGCGAAGGCGACAGUUGCUCAGGAAGAGCCUGUCGCUUCAACCGCUUCAGCUCCUGAGCCUUCCAAGACUGGGCCAGACGGGUCUGUGCAGCCCGACUCUACGAGUGUUAAGGUUGUUGAAGAGACAGAUUCUAAAAGAAGGAUGAUUCAGAAAGAAGCAGCCAAGGACAAAGACAAAGACAAGGCAAAGGACGUGAACAUGGGAAAGAGCCGAGCAAAGUCAGCUCUUUCGCCAGCAUCACCACCAACACCACCGUCACAGCUGGCGGAGGCUGUCAAUUCAGUGCCCGCCGAACCUAUCGAGUCAUCAGACCCGGCUGACACACAGCAGUUUGGGCCAGCCUCUGUGUUUCAAGAGAUCAAAAGCUCGCUAUGGACAUCAGCUCCGGACAAGCUGCUACUCCUCAAGCCAGUAAGCAGCAGCUCGUCACGUUCCGAUCAUGGCCAAACUGCAAGUGGCGCAGGCCAGUCCGUGUAUUGCAAGGACUACGCCUGCAAGUGCGGCGAGAUCCAAGACGAUGAUCUCACGGCCCUUCGAGCGGGCAAGCCGGUCCGUAAACAAUUCCAUGUUGACGGCAGCAGAAUGCUCAUCACGCCUAAUGGGGAUUGCAUCCGCGGCUUGACUCCUGAGCAAGAAGACGUCUUCCUCAACCUGCAAGCCGCCAUUGCCAACACGGCUGAUAACCCAGGUGCAUUUGUGGCCCCGAGACACCAACCGGGCAGCGGAGCCUUCUCUCUCAUCAAGGGGCGCGCAGUUCCCAACGGCCGCCCCAACAUCUUCCCGGCCGCGGCGCAGCCCCAGACCCAGGAUCCCAUUGGCAAACUACAGCGAGAAGACGCCCUCAGCUACAUCAACCAAUAUGUCCUGCCACGCCUAAACUUGGACGUCGCAAACAUGGGCUUCCCCAAGGGAGCUUCUCCGCUUCGUGAUGCCGCAGCGGCUAGUCUCAACGCUCUUGCUCCCUACUUCUAUGGCCCUGAUGCGGCUGCUGGCGUGGGCAUCUACAGUGCCCCUGACGGCGCUCGCGCUAUGCAAGACUUUUCCUCGUCCGGCGGCGGCCCGGCUGCCGACGCCAGCAAAAUCGGUCCUUCCAAUGGCCUCGGUGGCAUUUCCCUGAUGAGUGUUGACGAUGCAGAGGUCCGCUUGGCAGCUUCGCGGAAGGAGACGGAGAAGCUGGAGAGGGGCCUCAAUGCUGUGAUUAAGCGGAAUAGAAGACUUCUCCUGGGCGGUGGUAUUUGA